AUGACAUUACUGAAACAGACACCACCACAACAGCAACAACUACUGCAUAAUGAACUAUUACAACAAGCCAAAUUAAAUCAAAUCAAUGAUUUAAAAAAUUCUCAAUUAUAUUCAAAACAAUUAAUUCAAACAUUACAAUCAUUAAUUAAAUCUAAUUCUAAUACAUUGCUGCCUUCAUCUGGUUUAAUUGAUAAAAUUACCACGAUUCAUCAAUUAAAUAAUGAAAUUGAUAAACAAUUGAAUCAUGAUAUAGCACAAAAUUAUUAUGAAUUGAUUCAAUAUAAACAAAAACUAGAAAAAGUUAUUAAAGAUUGUCAUUAUGUAAUUAAUGAAAUUGAUAAUUUACAAUUUAAAAGUGAAUUAAUUGAUCAAAAUUUACGAAUAUUAGAACAUACAUUAAAAUUAAUUAAAAAAUAA